UUGAUCGAAUUCGAAGGUGUUUACUUGGAACAAAUCCUUUUAUUUUUAGAGCGAAAAUCCUCACCUUUUUCCUCAUAUAGAAAGCUACUCUCAUUUAUCCGUAGCUGUAGGUCGGCAAUAAAUCGGCUUUAACCCAUCACCUGAAAUCCACGCACUCAUCAACCAUGUGAAAUUCUCUCGUUGUUACCACUGUAUAUUCGUAUAUGUAUAUGUUGUGCGCGCGCACAUAGACUGAAGAUUUUGUAGGUGGGAAGACUAAUGAUAUAGAAAGCGGAAGAAAAAUGAGGGGGUUUGAUCGGAUAAACGCGGUCUUACCGGACGAAUUGGUACUGGAAAUUUUCCGGCACGUUGAGUCGAAGCCGAGCCGCGACGCCUGCUCGCUGGUUUGCAAGCGCUGGCUUGGCCUAGAGCGGCUUAGCCGGGACACCAUUCGCAUCGGCGCCUCCGCCACCCCCGACAGCCUCGUCAAGCUGCUCAGCAGCCGCUUCCCUAACAUACGAUACGUAUUUAUCGAUGAACGCCUCUCCAUAUCUCUGCCGGUCCAAUAUGGAAAAAGACGUCGUAUUAGUCGCGCCGUUCCUUCAAUUGGCAGGUUCCGUGAUGGGUCUGAUCAAAGUGUGGGUGGAGAUGAUGGGAUUGCAACGAGCUGUUUAUCAGACUCUGGGUUGGGAGCUGUUGGAGACAGCUUCAUAAAACUUGAAAAGUUGAGCCUUAUAUGGUGCUCUAGUGUAACGGAUCUAGGGCUAAGAUCGUUUGCUGAGAAAUGCAAAUCACUUAAAUCUUUGGAUUUACAGGGUUGCUACAUCGGAGAUGAAGGUUUAGCUGCUGUAGGAGAAUGCUGUAAUUUUCUUGAGGAUUUGAACCUGCGGUUUUGUGAAGGAUUGACAGACACAGGACUCGUUAGGUUGGUCCUUGGUUGUGGGAAGACUUUGAGAUCGCUUGGGGUUGCUGCAUGUGUCAAGAUCACUGAUGUCUCAUUAGAAGCAGUGGGAUCUUACUGCAGAUCUCUAGAAUCUCUGUCACUCGACUCGGAAAUCAUCCAAAACAAAGGUCUGCUUGCCGUGGCAAAAGGGUGCUCACUGUUGAAGGUUCUGAAACUGCAGUGUAUAAAUAUUACAGAUGAAGCUUUGCAAGCUGUUGGUGUUUUCUGUUUAUCAUUGGAGUUAUUGGCUCUAUACAGCUUCCAGAAAUUCACAGACAGGAGUCUGUCUGCCAUUGGGAAAGGAUGUAAAAAGUUGAAAAAUCUUACGUUGAGCGACUGUUACUUUUUAAGUAACAAGGGCUUAGAUUCUGUAGCUGCCGGUUGCCCAGAGCUUAUGCAUAUUGAAGUAAAUGGCUGCCACAAUAUUGGAACUGAUGGACUAAAGUCUAUAGGAAAAUUUUGCGUCCGACUGUCUGAGCUAGCCUUGCUGUAUUGUCAGAGGAUAGAAAGUGAUGCUCUAAGUGAAAUUGGUAAAGGAUGCAAGUUCUUACAAGCCCUUCACUUGGUAGAUUGCUCAGGGAUUGGAGAUGACUCCAUCUGCAGUAUAGCUAAAGGGUGUAAGAACUUGAAGAAGCUACAUAUUCGCCGAUGUUAUGAGGUGGGUAAUAAAGGGGUAAUUGCUGUGGGUCAACACUGUAAAUCUCUCACAGACCUCAGUCUCCGAUUCUGUGACAGGAUAGGGGAUGAUGCACUGAUUUCGAUAGGUCAAGGCUGCUCCUUACAGCACCUGAAUGUAAGUGGAUGCCACCAAAUUGGGGAUGCUGGAAUAAUAGCUAUUGCUCGAGGCUGCCCUCAACUAAGUUAUCUGGAUGUGAGCGUUCUUCAGAACCUUGGGGACAAUGCAAUGGUGGAGCUAGGUGAAGGUUGUCCACUACUGAAGGACAUAGUGAUAUCACACUGCCGCCAAAUAACAGAUAUAGGUGUUAGAUAUCUCGCAAGAAAAUGCACACUACUGGAAUCUUGCCACAUGGUCUAUUGCCCUGGAAUUACAGAAGCUGGAGUUGCUACCAUGGUCACAACUUGUUCACGAAUAAAGAAGGUGUUAGUUGAGAAGUGGAAGGUUAGUGCUAGGACCAAAAGACGAGCUGGGUCCAUUAUCAACUACCUUUGUGUUGACCUUUAAAUCCCUAAAUUCAAGUUCAAAUAGGAAGAGACGACGCCUACUGUGGCCAGAUCCAUUCUACGGCUGAAUGACAAGUUCAAAAUAAAGUGCGACCUAUCUUUGUAAUUAUCUUUUUAAGUUUCUUUCAACUCUUAGUGGCGGUCGUAUUCGUGAAAUGAUUGCUGGUUUCUUUAUACCGUUGGUUAUAGGUGGUGGGAUUGGUACUUUCUUCCGGAGUUUACCAGUGUUGUGAUUUUUGUUCCAAUGCUACAUCAUUUCGUUCA